AUGACGGAGUUGUAUUAGUCCCGACGACAUGGAUUAUCAAUCUUGGAAACAACAAAUACGUAUGUUACUAUCCGCCUUCUGAAAAAACUUCAAAAUUGAAUCAGAUGAUCUCAAAAUUGAUAAACCCUGAUUUAACUUGGAAACAAUACGAUGUCAAGAAAUAUUUAAUAAGAACAAGUACAUUUGAAAAAGGCAAACAAAAAUUGCUUGAAGCCUUAGUUCUAUCAGAAAUUGAUAGUGACGCCAUCGAUAAUUACUCCGACAAUUAUAAAAAAUCUAGAAGUGAUCGUGCUAAAGUGAUUUCAUCAUCAACUCCUCAAGAUGAUUCUAUAAAAACCAUCAAACAAAUCGACAAAAGCGUGAGCAGCUCAGAAACGAAACGUCAAAAGCCAAAAAUAACGUAUGAAAAAAUUCUAGAGCCUCGCAUUAGUAUCCCCUUGCCUCCUGUGAAACGAAUUCGGAUUGAUGAAUCUGGCAAUGGAAAAGAUGCAACAAUAGAUGCAAGGGCAUUUGCAGCUCCAAGUUCAUUGCAAAAUUCAAAACAAAAGGUAAUUUUCUUAUCCCUGAUCUUUGUAUUAGAUUUUAUUAAAACAAAAUCCCCAGGAUCCACAAGUUACCUUUCUACAAAUGACUCCCAUACCGAGCCUCCGUCCGUCGACGAUACAUCAAGAGAUGCAAUUGUGCUUGUUACGCCAGGAUCAUUGAAUGAUUCAAAACAAACGGGUUUGACCACAGAAGAUACUGCUACUCCAAGCACAUCGUCUGAAAAUGGACAAAGAUCAAAUAAUGCCACAUCUACAUUAGCAUCUUCAGAAAAUGACAUAUCUGUCAAUGAUAAAAUUUCAAAUGCGCCUAAAACUAAAAAUGUAUCAAACUUUGGGAACAGUAUGGCAAGUUUGGAAUACCGAGAUCGAAUGUCAGGUGUUUCAUAUGAAGAGUUAUCAUUAUCAAAAUUGAAUGAAAUAAUUUUAAUUCUUAGAAGCAUGAAAAUUCAGUCUCAAAGUAGUUCGGGAACUAUUAAUGAUAGUAGAUCAUUCUUCGAUUCCCCAAAAUGCCCGAAAUUACCAAUUGGUACCAAAAAAGAUGUAAUGUCAAUAAGUAAAAAACUGGAAGACGAUAAGAAAUUAAAAAUUAAAUUGAAAAAUGCUUUAGGAUCCAUUGGUGGUAGAGAUGUCAACAAUGUUUUGGCAAAUAUAUGCAGCAAACUUUUUUCAAAUAAGGUUGCUACUUUUUACAGUUGGGCAGGAAGGAAAUCCAAGAAGUCGUUGGAGGAUACCAACUUUGCAAAUUUAAUCAUUAGAAGUGUCAAAGUAUCUUGCCCAAAUGAAGCUGAUCAUACAAUUAAGUUGAUUGGUUCUAAGUGGUUCGCACAAGCUAAAACAAGAUUGACCAGAGAGUUAGCUAAAGAAGGGGAUGACAAAGACAAUGACAAAGACAAUGGCAAAGAAGAUGGCGAAGAUGAUGGCGAAGAUGAUGGCGAAGAAUUCGAAGAAACUGAAGCUGACGAUGAAGAAGAUGCUUAAUUACAGUGUUAAUCUGAUUUAAACUUCGUCGUUUUAUUUAAAUUAUUUCUUUAUUAUCUAUUAUUUGACUACUUGUGUUACCACAAUUUAUUAUUGUAACUAUUACUAUUAUAUUUAAUUACUCUGAAUCUUGGCAA